AAGUACUCCGUACUCCUUCCUUCCUUAUCAGAGAACUCCGGGCUCUUGGACGCCGUGUGACCCCAAAAAUUUACCAACCUCUAGUCCCAUGCCCCUAUUUCUCCCCGAAAACAUCUCUCUUAGAGUCUUCAGUUCUUCGUUCCUGCUGCGGGAUUCCCGAAUAAUCGAGUCCUGUAGGACGCCCCUUCUCGUCUUCACCUGCACUCAAACAUUCGUAUCCUCCUAAUAUAACCCCGCCAUUCGGUAUCAUUACCCCACACAAUCAACCUCUGUCGGUUUUCUUCUCUCCCGACCCAGCCCCGCCAUGGCCGAUUCCGCGGAGCAAGCGAAGCUGCCCGAGCAGCAGCAGGGGCCGUCCAAGAGCGCGCUCAAGAAGGCCGAGAAGCAGGCCAAGAUGGCCGCGGAGAAAGCCGCCAAGGCCUCCAAGAAGGCUGCUGUCCCCGUGGUGGGAGGCAAGAAGACCGACGACAUAAUCGGUAUCACCGUACCCAAGAACGAAGACUUCUCCGCCUGGUACCAGGAAGUCGUCCUCAAGUCCGAGAUGGUGGAAUACUAUAAUGAGAUCGCCGGCUUCUUCGUCCUGCGCCCGGCUUCCAUGUACAUCUGGGGCGUUAUCCGGACGUGGUUCUCUGCGCGGAUCGAGGCUAUGGGUGUGGAGGAGACGAGUUUCCCCCUCUUCCUUUCUUCCAAAUCACUCGAGAAGGAGAAGGACCACGUCGAUGGCUUCGCUCCUGAGUUGGCAUGGGUCACUAAGGCCGGUGACAAGGACCUCGAGGUUCCCGUUGCCAUUCGCCCGACAUCCGAAGCCGUCAUGUACCCUUACUAUGCCAAAUGGAUCCGGAGUCAUCGUGAUCUCCCCCUGCGUCUCAACCAGUGGAACUCGGUCGUGCGAUGGGAGGCCAAGCAGACGACGCCUUUCCUCCGAACCAGGGAAUUCUUGUGGCAGGAGGGCCAUACGGCUCAUUUAACCGAGGAACUUGCGGGCAAGGAGGUGCUGGAGAUUCUCGACCUGUACGCCGGUGUCUAUGAGCAGCUGCUCGCCGUUCCCGUCGUCAAGGGUCGCAAGACGGAGAACGAGAAAUUUGCCGGCGGCUACUACACCACCACCGUAGAAGGCUACAUCCCUUCCAACGGCCGAGGCAUCCAGGGCGCGACAUCGCACUGUCUUGGCCAGAACUUCAGCAAGAUGUUCGACAUCACCGUCGAGGAUCCCAACAAGAGAGGCGAACACAUUCACGUCUGGCAAAAUUCCUGGGGCCUCUCCACCCGCGUGAUCGGCGUCAUGGUCAUGAUCCACGGCGACGACAAGGGCCUCGUCCUCCCGCCCCGCGUCGCCAGGAUCCAAUCCAUCGUCGUCCCCGUCGGCAUCACCGCCAAGAUGAGCCCCGAAGAUCGCAAGAACCUUGAAGCCAAGGCCGACGACAUCGCCCAGACCCUCAAAACCGCCGGCAUCCGCGCCGACGUCGAUCACCGUGACGGCUACACGCCGGCCUGGAAGUUCAACGACUGGGAGCUCCGGGGCGUCCCUCUGCGGCUUGAGUUCGGCCCCAAGGACGCCGCCAAGGAGGUCGUCAGCUUCGCCCGUCGCGACACGGGUGAGAAGGGGGCCAUCCCCCUGGCCGAGGUCACCACCAAGGUUCCCGAACUCCUCGAGACCAUCCAGCAGGACAUGUACAACAAGGCCGAGAAGUCCUUCCGCGAGCACAGGAUCCAGCUCACCGACUGGGACAAGGUCGUCCCCGCCCUCGAUGCCAAGAACGUCGUCAUCAUCCCCUUCUGCCUUGAGCCCAAGUGCGAGGAGCGCAUCAAGGAGCUCACCGUGAGCACGUCUCCCGAGAACGAGCUGCUUCCCGAGGGGAAGCGGGCCCCGUCCAUGGGCAUGAAGAGUCUCUGCAUUCCCUUCGAGCAGCCCGAGGGUCUUGUCGAGGGACAGACCAAAUGUCUGAACCCCGAAUGCUCGGCGCUGGCUAAGAACUGGGUCAUGUUCGGAAGAAGCUACUAGGCGCUGGCGAUUGAGUGGCGGACUAGGUGUAUUCUCAUCAACGGCGCAGCCCCUGCCUCUGGGUGCAGAGGGUAGCUAAUGGUGUCGACUUUUAUGGAGGCCGAACGCAUGUUAUGGGAUUCAUGAUAUACUUGCUUUCUCUUCCUUCUCUGCUUUGGAUGAGGUUGGAUGAUGGAUGCAUACCAGGAUCGGCGCAGAAGAGAUGGGGGGGCUGUGGUGAAUAGGAGGAAGGUCGAGCCGGGCGUAUCGAGCCGAGAGGGCCCGGGCGGGUUUGGUCAAGCCGAGAAGAUGGUAGACGAUAGACCUAGCCACAUAAAUGAAAGAAAAAUAAGACAUGACAA